CCACUAAUGGCAAUUUCUUCUCCAGGUAAGUAUAAGGUCAGCCGGAGCUACUGAAUUGGGGAAUUUCCUGGAGACAACCCGGCCCUGCCAGCUACUAGAUCUUGGCUGCAGUAUGGCUUCCAGCAGCAUGACUGGUGGGACCAACAAGACUAGUUCAAGCAUCUCUGAGAUUCUGGACAAGGUGCAAGAAGACGCAGAAGAUGUCCUCUUCAAUCUGGGCUUUGGUCAGGAAGACCACAAAGACACUUCUCGGAUCCCUGCCCGAUUUUUCACCAACCCCUCCCAGGCCAGAGGCAUUGAUUUCCAGCUCUUCUUGAAGGCCCAGGUGCAGAGGAUUGAGAUGGAGGACCCAUGCCUCAUGCUGGCCAGCAGAUUUAAGCAAGUGCAAACACUGGCUGUCACUGCUGAUGCCUUCUUCUGUCUCUACUCCUAUGUGUCUAAGACACCUGUCCAAAAGUUCACACCACCGCACAUGUUCUGGAAUUGCAACCCAACUGAUGUGCCAUCCAUCAAAAUUCUGGCCCCAGAACCUGAACCUCACUCACCCAGAGAUCGCCUCCGGAAAGCCAUCUCCAAAAUGUGCCUUUAUACAUGCCCCCGCGUUCAGUUAUCACCACCCCACAAUACCUCCAAAAGGAACAGUUUGGACCAAGUGGUGUGGGAAGUGAUGGACAGAGUGAGAGGAGAGAAGCUCAUUCUUCAGCAAGACCCUGAGUUUGGACCAGGCUCACAGGAAGAUCCUGUGCCCCCCAUCAGGGGUACAAUGCUGCCUACUUCUUGUUCAUGUGUCCUCUGCCCUAAAGAGGAAACACAGCCGGGGAUGUCCACAGUGUGCGAACCACUGCAAACUCUGCAUUCUAACCCCAAGAUACCCUAUUGCACACAUUCUCUGCCCAGAGAAAAUCUACAGUGGAGGACAGAUCCUGCACAGGUAAAGAGAGAGUUGUGGGGUCUACAGGCCACCAAUAAGGAAGUCCACUUGGUCAAGGAUGAGACUUUCUGGAAAAGGAAGAGCAAAGCAAGGAAGAGCCUGUUUCAGAAGAAUCCCUCUGUCAGGAAGGUUAACUCAUUGGAUCUGUCCAUCGUCCGACAGAAAUGGAAGCAGAGCCAAGAGAGGCCAGAACUGCGCCGAUCUCUAACCCAUCAGCAGCAGGACACUUUUGACUUGGAGGAGGUGCAAAGCAACAGUGAGGACGACGAGGAGACAUACUGGGCCAGCAGACGCACACCCCCUCACCUCUACCAUCCUUUUGUUGGCAAAGACUCAAGAAGCUUUCUCCACCACCACAGUGCAUGCUCUGACAGCAGUGGCUUCGUAGAAGAGCCUAAUUCCCACCUCUUCUUGCAGGAGGUAGUACUGCCUCCAACCUCCAGCUCCUGCCCCCAGACCUUACAAAGUCCUGAACUCAGUGGGAGAAAGGCAGCAUGGUACACAGGGAAGGAGACCAGACUGAGAGACUUGGAAUCUACGUCCUGAUGCUGUCAUAAACUGCACGCACAGAGAAAGACCUUAGGCAUGUCUUCAUUCCUCUGCGUGUAGAUGUCUCUACUAUGUAGGUAUUAGAAUACAUGAUAUGGACAGUGGUAAACGAGACAAAGACUUAAUUUUUUCCCAAGUUUUGACACUGCAUAGGACAGUUAGAGGAUUUAAGGAUGAUGAAGUUUGAGAGACAACAGUUGCUACUGGGAUGCUCUCAAAGGGCUCAAGCUAAGUGAGGAAGGAAAAAUCCCACUUCCAUGCUCAGAAACCUUGGUGCAACCCACAAGGGAAGUCCCUCUGAGCCUCUACUCAUUCUUAUGUGCUCUCCAUUAAAUUCCAGAAUGUCUUCCACAUCACCGGAGUCCUGUUUUUCUUCUUGAGGCCUCAUCUGAGGAGAUCCACCUACAGCCUCCCCCUUAAAAUCAGCUUCUCCCUCUACCCCAAACUUUGUUUCGUCAUAGGAAGA